UUGAGAAGGCGGCGCAGUGGCCGCGUCUUCGCCGGUUCAAAGUCGCGGAGACGGCGGCGGCGGCUUCACAACUUCGUAUAACAACCCGAAUUUAAAUUAUAUCGCGAUAAACUACUUGCUUGUUUACACUGGAUUGUUGUUGUUGUUGCUGCUACGUGGGGCUGUUCCAGCGGCUUGUGCGAGGCGAUUGGGGCUGGACUUGCGAGUGAUCUGGCAGCGUUUUCGUGGAGUUCUUCACUGGGCCCUCAGAGGCAUGGGGAUUCAUCAGAGGAGGCAUGGGGGCUCAAGUUGAUGUUUUGGGGAUCAAGACGAGAUACGAGGAGGGGUAGACUCUCUUGCAAGUGCGACCUGGGUUAGCCGUGGACUCUGUGUAAGUGAGUAGGUUCCAGGACCAUGGUGCGGUUGACAGCUGAGCUGAUCGGCCGGAGCGAGCAACACGUGCGCAGGAGGCGGGGAGAGCCCCUGGGACUCUACCUGGGCAGACUGACGCACCUGCACCUGGGAGAGAAGGACAUUGAGCAUGUGGAGGACUUGUCGGCGUGCCGCAACCUUGCUGUUCUCUACCUCUAUGACAACCGGCUGAGCCGCAUGCCCAACCUGGCCUUUGCAAGUCACCUGACGCACCUGUACCUGCAAAACAAUGCUCUGGAGCGCAUGGAAGGCCUUACCGGCCUGCGACACCUCUCCAAACUGUACCUUGGAGGCAAUGCCAUCUCCGUGGUGGAGGGUGUGGAGAUGUUGAGCGAGCUCACAGAGCUACAUGUGGAGAACCAGCACCUGCCACCUGGGGAGAAGCUUCUGUUUGAUCCUCGCUGCCUGUCGACCUUGGCUGGCAGCCUGUGUGUCCUCAACGUGAGCGGCAAUGGCCUGGAGGAGCUGCAGGAGCUGACCUGCUUGAGUCACAUGAUGCAGUUCAUGGCCUGUGAAAACCAGCUCACUGACCUGCAGGAUCUGGCAGACGUACUGACUUGCUGGCCCAAGCUUUGGAGGCUGGAGUUAUCGGGGAACCCCUUCUGCCAGAAGCCCAAGUACAGGGAUCGUGUCAUAAUGAUGAGUGCUUCCCUGGACAUCCUGGAUGGAAAGGAGAUCAAAGAGAGUGCUCGCCAAUUCCUCCUCAAUUGGAAGGCUUCGCGGGAGGCGAAGAGGAAAGCUCAUGAACAAAUGUCGACAUUUGGAGAAACCAGUGAAGAUCUGGUUGUGCAAACAGCAGGAGACACAGAAGCCAGGCGGCGCAGCAUGCUGCUAGACCUACCACAGCACUACAUCUGCCCACCGCUAGCCGGGAGCGUCGUCCGUCCACGUCGGGUCACGGCCCCACCACGCAGCUACAGCCUGCCAGCCAUAGGCAACAACUAAACAUUUAGUGUGUCAGCCAUCAGCAGCAACUAAACACACAGCCUCUCAAGUCUUCAAGCAACUGGCUGCUGACCAUUAUCAAAAACUAAACACAUUCUUUGCCAACAACUUAACACAGCGUGUCAGCCAUUAGCAACAACAAAUCACACACAGCAUGUCAUCCAGCAUGUCAGCCAAUAACUAAACAGUCUGUUGUCCAUAAGCAACAACGAAACUCAGUAUUUAAGUUUUCAGCAACAGCAAAAUACACACACAUACACCAGCAACAACACAUGGCCUGGCAGCCAUCAGAAGCAUUUACGCACACGCACUCUGAUAUCGGAGGCAGUGUAUUGGUGUAAUGACCAAGGCUUUAAGGAUUAAAGUUUCAAACUGCUGACUUAGAAAGUUUACUGGAAGUGCUGUGAUAUGUGUGAGUAGUGCAUAGACACAAUUUACUCUUAUCGUUUUUGCAACUCUAGCCUGGAAUGAGAAACAUAAGGUGCACAUUUUGCAUUCACAUUUUGACGAAUCGGAUGACACAUCUUAAUGAGUUUCUUAAUUGUUUGCAAUGUCAACAUUGGUGUGAUUUUUUUCAAUACAUUAGCGAUGAGAUUUGUGGGCAAUACAUGAAACUGGCCAAAGAUCUCCAGGGUUAAAUACGAUCAUUUGAAUUCAGAUCAAGCAUGAUGUGUAUAAGCCAUUCACUAACAUUGAAAGCAUCCAUUAAAUAAGUCUUAACAUGUCUCAUUAA